UUGGAGAUUCCAGAUCCCGCGUGAUUUGUGCUGAUGUUAACGCGAGAUGUCAGUGACGUCACUUUUAGCGCGGAGUUUGUUGUUGGCGGAAAAGCUUCCUGAAGUCUGAAAGUCUGAACAAACUGUUUUAUUAAGCUUCAUACUGAGUUAUAGUUAUACAUUUAAGCGUUCGUCGAUGGAACAUUAGCUCAUGACUGUGUAGUGUUCUCAUGAAAUGUUAAUUUGAAGGAACUAUAGCACUUUAAGACCAAACUAAAGCGAUGGAGUUGUCUCCUGUCAGCGUUGUCAGCACAGACAGUUGUAUUAUUAAAUCUGACAGAGGUCACAGGAGAAGCAAAGUCUCAAGGGAUGUGGAAAUAGACAUUGAGCUCCUCUACAAAGCUGUUCCUCAGCUGGCCAAAGUUUUCCGCAUCACAGCCAAAAUCGGAGAAGGUACGUUCAGCUCGGUGUAUCUGGGUGAGGCUCAGAUGCGGGAUGGUGGGAGAGAGAGGUUUGCCCUGAAGCACCUCAUCCCAACCAGCCACCCUACACGCAUCGCUGCUGAGCUUCAGUGUCUCACUGUUGCUGGAGGAAGAGAGAAUGUGAUGGGAGUGACGUAUUGCUUCAGGAAGGACGACCACGUGGUGAUUGUCAUGCCCUUUAUGGAGCAUCAAGCUAUAGUGGAAAUCAUUGGCUCACUGAGCUUCGAAGAGGUCCGUCUGUACAUCUAUCACCUGUUGACGGCCCUGAGACACGUCCACCAGUUUGGUAUCAUUCACAGAGACAUCAAACCAAACAAUUUCCUCUACAACAGGAACAACAAAAUGUAUGCGCUGGUGGACUUCGGUCUGGCUCAGGGUACAGCUGACACUCAGAUUGAGCUGCUUAAGGUGGUGAGACAGAGGCCAAUACAAAAAGGUGGAGGGUCCACAGGGAAACAAGACACCACACAGCGGAGCAAAGCACCACCUAGACUCCUUCCCAAAACCACCACCACAGCCUCAACCUCACUACUUCUGCCUCCACGGCAGUCCACGAACUUACCUCCUCCAUCCUCUUCUUCCUCCACCACCACAUCCUCCUCAGCCUCUCGGAAAGCACUGGUUAAAAAAGCACGCUCUCUCACCACCACCGUCACCUCCUCUCGCUCAAAGCACACAAAGGAUUUGGCAGCACUACGCAAAGUGCCUCGACCUGUGUUUGGAGAGAGGAACCUGAACAGCUGCACUCCAGCUCCGUCCACCGCCAGACAAGCUGCCAUUAAGACAGAGCUGGUUAAACCCGGCAAAACAGAGGACCCAGCCAGCCGAAAGUGCUCCUCAGCCAGCCGGGGCCCGCUGCCCGUCAGGACCCAGAGCAGCAGUCAGAAACCUCAGAGGAGCGUACAGCAGGGCCUCACCUGUAACUGCUACCAGACUGACCGUGUCUGCAACAUCUGCAUGUCCAGGAAGCAGCAGGUGGCUCCCAGGGCUGGAACCCCGGGCUUCAGAGCACCAGAAGUCCUCACUAAGUGUCCCAACCAAGGAACAGCCAUUGACGUGUGGUCAGCUGGUGUGAUCCUGCUCUCACUGCUCAGUGGCCGUUACCCAUUCUUCAAAGCCAGCGACGACCUGAUCGCCCUCACUCAGAUCAUGACCAUACGAGGCUCCAGAGAGACCAUCCAGGCUGCCAAGGCAUUUGGCAAGGCAGUGGCGUGCAGCCGGCAGCUGCCUCGGCAGGACCUCAGGACGCUGUGUGAGACGCUGAGAGGACGGAGGCCAUCACCAGAAGAUGAAGUCACACCACUUCCCGAAGCCAACAAAGACUCCACCGCCACCCUUCAUCACAAGAUCCAAGAGGAUACGCCCACACAUCGUCCCACAUUCAUGCAACACAAAGACGGAGCAGGUGAACGUCCUACGUCUCUCUCUUCUACUCUCCCGCCAAACCACCGGGAACAUUCAGGGAACACAGAAACCACUCGCCUCGCCAAGGAGAGCUCAGAGACAGACUGCAAGGUGGAGGAAGAUGAGCGGGGCUGGGACAGAGUUCCCGAUGAGGCCUACAACCUGCUGGACCGGCUGCUGGACCUGAACCCUGCCACCAGGAUCACAGCUGCUCAGGCCCUGCAGCACCCGCUCUUCAAAGACCUGUGACUCCGCAGAAGACCAGGAGUCUCACAUCAACAGAACAGAACUGCCGGCUUCCUCGUCUUUGGUUCAGUCUUAAUAAACUGGAUGAUGCAAAGACAAAGGGGUGUUAUUUGUAACCCAGCAGAGUACCAAGUCUGUCCCCUUAUGAGGAAUAAUUCUGCUGCAAAGUGGACAGAAGUUUACAUCCAUGUGGAGAAAUUAGCUGAACAAGAGAAUAAUAGAGCUCUGAUACAUCUCAGUGUGGGGAGAAAAAGCUCUCUCAAUUUUCUCUCCCAUCGACCCGUUAAAUGCUUCAUAGAUUUUAAUAUUAGCGUCCAUUCAAGAGAGGAUUGACUUGCUGGUUCACAGGCCUGCAGUUCUUGGCAGCUAUGACACAGACUACUUUGAGAACGGGCAUUUUAAAGGGCUCUAGAUGUGCACCGUUGGCUAUAACAGAGACGGUAAAAAACAGUAUUGACUUGAGGCAUUAUAUUUGCAGACUAUUGGCUUUUGUGUUAAUGGUUGGACAGUUUUACAAUUGAAGGUAUCUGAUCUCCUCUGUGACAGGAACCAGCUAGUUACAGCUGCACACUGUGUGAUUAUAUUGUUUUUUAUUUUUACACUAUAGUUUUUUACUAAAAGAGAAAAUGAUAAAAAAAAACUUGAGGAGUCUUGUUAUGACUGAGUGAUGCCCCGGGUUAAGUUUGGCCUUUUUUACAUUCUUGUUAGUCUGAACUGGGUCUCGUCAUGAGGGAAUAGUCAGUAUGUUGUCACCGUUGCCAUAACACCAUAUUACCAUCAUAGGAUGUGACUAUUUCUGAAGUAUGAAAGGGCUUUUUGAUUUCCAUCUGUAUUUUUAUGAAUUUCAGUGGUAAUGCUGCUGUAUGAGGAUAUGUUUGUUUCAGCUGUGUUAAUUUAUAAUACUCUAAUAAAGGUAAAAACAAAGCAA